AGAAAAAUGUAUUUAAAAAAACUCUCUUUGCACGCUUUAUGGCCUCGAUUUGUGAAAAAAACAAGUCUUUAAUAGGAAAAAAAUACCAUAUUUUUUCUAUAUGAUCCUCGUUUCGCUACUCUGCAAUUUAGCAAGAUUUCACAUUCAUUUGUUUAAGAAUAUUAAUUCUUGGUCGGUGGUUUGUCUAUCAGAGGUGUUUUUUUGCAGUUGCAGUAGAACCUAAGAUUUGUGUUCAGAUAUAAAAAAGAAAAGAAAAAAAAAGGAGCAACAUAGUCAUUUCCUUUGACCAAGAUGAAGUUUAUGAAACUUGGAUCUAAGCCAGAUUCUUUUCAGAGUGAAGGGGAUAAUAAUAUCAGGCAUCAAAUCACUGGUAGUUUCAAGACUUGGACUUUUCAUGUACAUAGAAAAAUGGUAUGUCGCAGCUGAGUUGGCAACUGACAUAGUCAUUAAUGUUGGAAAUGUAAAAUUUCAUCUCCAUAAGUUUCCUCUUUUGUCAAAAAGUGCACGCUUCCAAAAGCUGAUUACAAACAGUAAUGAAGAGAACAAUGAUGAAGUCCAUAUCCAUGACAUUCCUGGCGGAUCUGCUGCUUUUGAAAUAUGUACCAAGUUCUGUUAUGGUAUGACAGUCACUCUUAAUGCAUACAAUGUCGUUGCAGCUCGCUGUGCAGCAGAAUAUCUUGAGAUGUACGAAACUGUUGAGAAAGGAAAUCUUAUCUACAAGAUUGAAGUAUUCCUCAACUCGAGCAUUUUCAGGAGUUGGAAAGACUCGAUUAUUGUUCUUCAAACUACCAAGUCUCUUCUUAAAUGGUCUGAGGAACUUAAGGUAGUGAGCCAUGGCAUUGACUCCAUAGCUACCAAGGCUUCACUUGAUACAUCAAAGGUGGAGUGGUCAUACACCUAUAACAGGAAAAAGCUACCAUCUGAAAAUAGUAACGAUCCUCAGUCUAAUAAUGCAAGGAAACAACAAUUGGUUCCAAAGGACUGGUGGUGGGUGGAGGACCUUUGUGAGCUCCAACUUGAUCUUUAUGAACGGGUUAUAACAGCAAUUAUAGAAAAAGGCAAUGUUUCUGGUGCUGUAAUUGGAGAAGCUCUAAAUGCUUAUGCCUCAAGAAGGAUGCCUGGCUUCAACAAGGGUGAGAUCCAAGGAGGAGAUAUUGUAAAGAAUAGAUUACUGUUGGAGACCAUACUCCGAAUAUUACCUGUGGACAUGGGCAUUGCCUCUUUCAGUUUCUUGGUGAAGUUAUUAAGGGUAGCUAUUCAGUUGGAAUGUGAAGAGUUGGAGAGAUCUGAACUGAUUAGGAGAAUAGGUAUGUGCCUUGAGGAAGCUAAGGUGUCUGAUUUAUUAAUUUGUGCCCCAGUUGGUGAUGCAAUUCUUGAUGUUGAUAUUGUGCAAAGGAUAGUAGAAGAGUUUGUAGCAUGUGAUCAACAGGUUCAGACGGACUCCCUGUUGGAAGAUGAAUUUCAGGAGAUCAGAAGCCCUGGGAUGGUAUCAGACCCUUCAAAGGCUAAGGUGGCAAAACUGGUGGAUGGCUACCUUGCUGAGAUUGCAUGUGAUCCAAAUUUACCUGUUGCAAAAUUUGUUAAUCUUGCUGAAUUAGUAUCAAGCUUCCCUAGAGCAUCUCAUGAUGGCCUUUAUCGUGCCAUUGACAUGUAUUUAAAGGAGCAUCCUGGAAUCAGCAAGAGCGAAAGGAAAAGAAUAUGUAGGUUGAUGAACUGCAGGAGCUUAUCUGCAGAGGCUUGCAUGCAUGCUGUGCAGAAUGAGCGGCUUCCCAUGCGUGUUGUUGUGCAGGUUCUAUUCUUUGAACAACUGAGAACUACAACAUCUUCAGGGGGCAACAGCACACCAGAUCAUCCUGGGUCUCUCAGGUCAUUUCUUCCUGGUGGAUCUCAUGGGAGCUCUAGGUCUACUAUAACAAACACAGAAGAAGAAUGGGAUGCUGUGGGAACAAUGGAAGACAUAAAAUCUCUGAAAGGGGAAGUUGAUGCACUAAAAUUAUCAGGUGGAACCGGUAGGGCCAGCAGCGGAAAAGACAAUAACAGUGGUAAAGGCAAUGCCGACAAUAUUGCUGCCAGUAAAAUGAAAGGUUUCAUGUCAAAGAAGAUACUCUCUAAGAUUUGGUCUAGCAAAGAAAAAAGUGUUGAUAUAAGUAGCUCUGAUACGUCAGAGAGCCCUGCUUCUACUGUUGUAGAGGAAACAAAAUCUACUCCAGCUAGAAGUAGGAGGCAUUCAGUAUCUUAGACCAUGUUAUGCAGACUUUAGAGGGCCAUUCAAUUAUUGUAUAAUCAUCUCACUCAAGUAGGCAUCAGGAGUUGGAGGACACUGACAUCGUCCAGCUGAUUCUUCAAUCAGUUCAAUGUAACUGUGAGCAAAUAUUGGCAUGUGGGUUAAAAAGGAAGCACCGAAAGUAUAUUUUAAUUGUGCCUAUAUCAUACUCCUAGGGUUGCUACUGCCAAUCAGCCAUUACUGAUCUUUAGGUUAGAUGGCUCUUGUAGUGAGACCCAGUUUUGAUUAUUGGAGACUGGCUUAUGAGUUAUGACUGCCAGAAUUUGUAACCUUAGUUUUAAAGGGAAAAAGGACUUACAAGGAGGAUUAGUUAGAACCAUCGCAUAAGGACUAAUGAGGGUGCAGAGUUUGAGAUGCUUGUCUUGGGAAUAUUACGUAGCAUUUUGAUCCGUCAUUAAUGUUCAUUUGAGCACUAGUAUGGGAUGCAAAACCUAUUGGACUUAAAAUUUACCAUUCUUGAAACACAGGAGACGAUGGGUAUGGUAAGUUUGAAUAUUCCAAAUAUCUUAGAUAAGAUAUCUUGUAUGAGAGAUUGUGAGAUCAGAGAAUUAAAAAUCAUUAGUUUAGGUGUUACAACUGAAGAUCAUUUACCAUUGUCUUGAAUUUGUGACGCUUGUGCUUGGUACCAACUAGACGUUCAUCUGCAAACAUUUUAUUGCCUGUGGAUUUGCACCCUACAUUCAAUUUGUAGCUAGUAAGUCUUAGUAACUCUUCUCUGUUACCUUGUAAUCCAUGCCUUGAUUUGUAAGAAAAAUGCUAACAACAUUUUUUUUUUAAUAUAAUUUUUAUGAUUGACGGGAA